AUGACAGUGUCGCCUGUGGUUACACGUUCGCCCUCCGGAACCGAUUCAGCUACGGGUGGGAUAGCUACCCAUGCCAAAAUACUUGCCAUGCGCAACUCUGGCCGGGUGGAACAGCGUCCCGCCUCGCAACCAACGCCUGCCUCUGAACUUGGGGGUUCUCUGGCUGUGAUACCAGAACCUGCCGAACAAUUAAAUGCAGCUAUAAGCCAUAAAAAGCUUGGAGAAGGUACAUAUGCCAUCGUGUAUCUCGGGCACCUGCGACAUGACCCCGCUUCACUCGUUGCCAUCAAAAAAAUAAAAGUCAAUCCGGAAUACAAAGAUGGGUUGUCCGUGGACGCCAUUCGGGAGGUGAAAUAUCUCCAGGAAUUAUCACAUCCCAAUAUCAUUGCGCUUCAUGACGUCUUCUCUUCUAAGGACCAGAACCUCAAUCUUGUCCUUGAAUUCCUGCCGUUAGGAGAUCUGGAAAUGCUUAUCAAAGAUAGGAAUAUCCAGUAUGGGGCGGCAGAUGUUAAAGCGUGGAUGGGAAUGCUGGCUCGGGGUGUCUGGUUCUGUCACGAAAACUUUGUUCUGCAUCGUGACAUCAAGCCCAACAAUCUCCUCAUCUCCUCCGAUGGUGAAGUGAAGCUGGCCGAUUUCGGUCUGGCACGGUCAUUUGCGGACCCGUAUUUGAACAUGACUCAUCAAGUCAUCACUCGCUGGUACCGGCCCCUUGAGCUGCUGUACGGCGCGAGACAAUACUCCGGCGCAGUGGACAUCUGGUCGAUGGGCAUGGUCUUUGCCGAACUCCUCCUUCGCGUCCCUUUUGCAGCAGGACACACCGACAUGGACCAGAUAUCCAAAAUAAUUGACGCCUUCGGAACCCCAACCGAGGAAAACUGGCCGGGCGUGACUAGACUUCCAAACUUCGUACCCAUUCAAGAAAACCAGAUCACCCCCUUACAGGGUCGUGAUUUUUUCAUCCGACAGUUCCCUACAGCCGGACCUUUAGGGGCUGACCUGCUCGCAUCGAUGUUGAAAUUGGAUCCGCGAAAACGCAGCACCGCACGGCAAGUGCUGCAGCAUGCAUGGUGGGUGGCCGAGCCGCGACCAACGCGAAAUGAGGACUUGCCGCGAAAAGCCGGCGGUGCGAAGAAGAUGGGCGAUGACCUGGUUCGGCGGGGUGGGGAGAUUGAUGAGACUCGAGUUAAGGACGUGGCACGGCAAUUGGACUUUAGUGCAAUGAGAUAG